GGGUUGACUCCCCUCGCGGAUGUCAGUGCUGACCGAGUGUGAGAACAUGAGUGAAGGUCCGACUGUGUCACUGGAGACUUUAACUAGUAGUUUGUCUCUGCUGGUUAAUUUAGGAACAGAUCUUCUCAAAAAUGCCAAACAGGAAGCAGAAGCCUCCAUGGAAACUUUUGUCCCCUAUAAGAUCACCACUUUACUCCGCCUGAUCUCAUUAGGGGCAAAUUUCUUUGAAAGCCUUGGAGUGAAGACGAAGAGUGAAGCAGAAUCCAUUUGGCAGAAAUCAUACCAUCAUGAAGCAGUAAGAGAAAAGGUUGAAGAACUCCAGCAGCUGGAGGCGGGAUGGGACUCCUUCCUGGAGAGUAUUGACAGACAGCUACAGACAUCAGAUGGACAGCUGUCUGCGGGACAGAUGGCAGACGGUGCGAUCGCCGACACCAUCCUCACCGAUGGAAGGAGUGGACAGAGUGUGACUCUGGGGCAGUACUUUGGUCAGGGGCAGAAGCUCCUGCUGGUUCUCAUCAGACAUUAUGGAUGACUGCCGUGACGAGACCACGUGGCUGAGCUGCAGGCCAAUCAGGCUUUACUGGAGGCUCAGUCCGUGCGAGUCUUGGUGGUUUCUUUUGGCAGCGUGGAGGGAACACAGCUGUGGAUGCAGCAGACCGGAUGCACCUUCGACAUGCUGCUGGAUCCACAAAGAAAGAUCUACAGAGCUUUUGGCCUUGGCUCAUCGUACAGCAAAGUUAUGAAGUUCAACAUUCUGCUGACGUACUCGGAGUAUGCAGCUGCAGGCAGAGACUUCCCUGACAUCCCCCCUCAUCUUCUGGGAGACAUAUAUCAGAUGGGGGGCGACUUUUUACUUGAUGAAAGCGGGAAGGUCGUCUUUUCUCAUGCAUCCAAAACCUCUCUGGACAGACCGACUGUCAAAGACAUCAUACAGGCUGCCGAGCCUGAAGGUGCCUCCAGCAAGUCAGCGGUGAAACGGCGAAAUCUGGACCCCAAGCUGUGAAAUAUGAACCACUGAAACACGUUGAUGGAAGAAUCAGUGGCUUUUUAAUGCGACACUGACGCCGUGGACGGAGAGCAGCUCUUUGACAUGUCUCCAUAGUGAUGUCACGUCUUGCACUCAUGACUCCAUGAAGAGUCGUGACUGAUGAUAAGGAGAAUGGUGAAGACCACUGCUCUUCUUUGUUGUAUCAGCGUUGUAACAUGUUAAACAGGGUUUCAAAUAGGGGUGGGACAUCUUUGGACACUUCAAAAAUGAUUAUCUACACAUCUUGAUGCAUCUCUAUUCACACGGUGGGACUAAGUGGUAAUUUUCAGUCAAAGUAUUGUAUUGAUCCAUAAUGAAUUUACUUCCAAUAAGUGUUGACACAGUUACUUUGAAAACUUACUUCAUUAGUUACUUUAUACAGGACAACUUGCAACUAAUACAUGAUGCCACUAAUAAAGUUACUAGUAAUCGAACUUGGUUAUUUUUUAAGAUUGAGUAAUCAGAAAAGUAACUGUUAGUUGGCAUGCUGUG